AUGCCGUGUGAUACCAAUAAUGACGCCUCUGACACAGUUGCCUCCGCACCAGCAUCAUUCAUGUACGAAGAAAUAACAUGUAAUGAGCUUCUACUGCUUCAUUCAUAUAAUUCACAAAUUAAAAAGUGGAUAAAAACCGACGCUCAUGAAAAUACUCAUGAAUUUUAUAUGGAACGGGAAGAUUCCGAUGAUGAAGAUGAUGAUGAAGAUUAUGUAGAGGAUAAUCAAGUUGAUGAUGAUGAAGAAAAGGUUGAUAAUGAAAAGAAUUUAUUUGAAAGAAGAAUGAUAUUUAAUUCUGUGAGGGGUAGAACUACAGAACUUGGAUAUUUGGAUCCGUGUGAUGAUUAUCACAUCAGAGAAUAUAAUGAUGAUUGGGGACGUGUGGAGGAAGUUGAGGAAAUUAAUAUUGGACUAUUUUAUACUCACCUUUCGAAUGAAAAUUUUGUAGAGGAGAGGGAAAAGUUUACCUAUGAAUGGAAAGAUAACAUUCUCUGUUUUAGAAUAAUGCCGUAUGAUUUUGACUCUUUGGGAAAAUAUGACAUGAUGAAAGUUAUUG